AUGUCAGCAAAGGAAACAGCCCUAGUUACUCGUGUGCAUAAAUGGAUGAAUUCGCAAGAGGAUAUCUAUGGCUGGAUUUUUAGAGCGAAAAACGAACUAGCAGGUCCAACAAAGACAACAGCAGCCACUAGAGCAUUGGCCGCAAGCGCAGCCUCAGUGAAACGUUGGCAGGAAUGCCGAGUGUCCAGUAGAGAAAUAGUAUUCUCUGGUGCUGCAGCACCUUUACCCAGUCUUGUAAUGGAGGGAGAGUGGAUUCCCGCGCUGGAGGACCCCGCUGUAAGCAGCAACUGCAGCAGUCUUCACACCGCAGGAGAAGCCAGCCUCACCACCGUUUCCCCCUGCAGAGGAGGCAACAGCGCCAACGACUGCAGCACCAGCAGUACGGAGGGCAAGCAGAUUCGCUCCAGAAUUUGUGCUGCAGGCGCGGCGUCAGCGCACACAAGCAAGAAGGCCACUACUGAUGCUGAACUGCCGCCUCUAGCUGCGUACUGGGGCAGCCCAUUUUCCUACUGGAAUAUAUGGGGCGUCCGCCUCGAAUUUGCGCUGGCAUACCUCUUUGGGGGGUUCUUAGGAUUGCCUGCUGCAGGGUGUGCUGCGCUGUUGCCACAACAGUUGCUGCGGCUUUUUACUUUCGGAGGCUGCGGCUUACUGCUGCUGUAUGACUGCGUCUUCGGUGUGCGUUGGGUCUACACCCGUGUGCUGGAGCAGCGGCAGCAGAGGUGGGUUCAGAGACAGCUGGAUUUGCUCCUGUCGAUACACCCCAAAGAAACCAGAAAGGCGGUUGCGGAGGAGAGGCUGCGGCUUGGGCAGUUGGUCAGUGCUCUGUGUCACCAUUUGGCCGCUGCGCAUGAGCCUUCUUGUCAUGCCACUGCAGCAGCUGCUUCGAAAUGGCAAGCGGAGGCGGCAGACAGCGGCGCAGCGUCAGCGGCUAUGCCAACUGCGCAGCGUCCCUUGGUAGGAGAGGAAGACUCGCCGCCGCUCGCAGAAGAAGAAGCAAACGCGGCAGCACAGAGGAUUCUAGCAGGUGAUCUUAAGGCGGCUGCGCGAUUGUACGGGGUCUCUCCAGACGCUGUAGCUGCUGCGCAAGUGGCUUUGGAGGAGGACGAAGGACGUGCAGUGCUCGGCUCAUCAGGAUGGAGCUUGCCAUUGCCUUGGUUGCUGCCGCUGCUGCAUGCGUUCGCAAGAGCCUGCCUCGCCGCCGCGUUCAUGAACCUUCACGUUGGGGAGUACGCUUCUCUCGCCGUCCUUCCCGCAGUCCCCUGUGCAGUUCAUUCUAGAAGCAGCGGCGCCGAGAAGCACUGCGGCUGCGUCUUGGAACGGCCUCCAAAGCAGUGGAACGUGCAUUGGCGUCUGCUUUUCGCGUUUCUGGUGCCGCUCCUCUGCUCCCUCGUCACUACUGCUGCUUGGAGUGCCGCGGCUGCGAAUAAAUUCUGGAGCUAUGAGAGUCUGGUGGCGGGAUUACCCCACGUGCUGGUAGGCCUUCCCCUGCAGCUCCUGCCUUCCGAGAUCUCUUCGAUUCUGCCUCUGCACGAGGAACGAGUGAGGGCGACAGAGUACCUCCUGCUUCUGGUGCAGGAACAGAAAGCGUUAGGAUGGCUUCAGUGGCCUAAGACGGACGCCAGCCGCAAGAUGCUAUCCGCAGGCGUCCUCCUGACUGUUGCAGCUGCCGCCGCUGCACGAUGCAGCAUCCCGCCUGCCCUGUGGGAACAGCAUGCCCGUCUGGAGCAGGCAGCUGGGAUACUUGCGGCGAGAAAACUGCUGCACAAUAGAGAGAGAAUGCAACAGGACGACCUGAAACAGGCGUGGCUGGAGCUUAAGGCACUGCAUGACGAACUCCAGAGGCGCGUGCGCGUAGAGGGCUACGAACGGACGCUGGAGUGGAUGCUUCAACAAGUGCAAGCCAGUUGGAAUGAACAGAUCGAGACAGAAAAAAAAGACACGGAGGCGCUGGCUGGUGCCUUGAAGCUUUUUAACCUGGGGAACAACGCAACAAUAGCAGAGAUAAAACACAGGUACAGGCAGCUCGCAAGACGCCACCACCCCGAUCGGGCCGGCGUGAACGCUGGCAAACGAAGGGGGGAGGGAUGCCUCGUGGCUUGCGAGGAGACGAGUACCUCCAAUGCGUCUCGCGACUACAAGGCGCGGCACGAAUUUAUGCAGAAUAUCAACCUCGCAUACGAAGUGCUGCUGGAGCAGGCGGGAGGCAAAGCGCCCGGCUGGUGA